AUGCGUUCUCCACAAUCUUCGGCUCAUUUGGCACGUACCGAACGUGUAGAUCAGCGGAAUCACGAUUGUGGAUCAGUCAGUAGCAAGAUCGGUGUAUGUGGUGACAGCGCAGGCGGACAUUUAGCAGCGUCUGCGGCACAUGAUGUUCCUGGUGUCUCAUUUCAGGUUUUAGUCUAUCCUGUGUUCGACCUUCGCUGUAACACAGCAUCCUACAAACUUUACUCAGAUGGCUACUCGCUGACAGAGAAACAGAUGCAUUGGUAUGCUAAUCACUUCUUAAAUAACGAAGAAGAAAAGAGUGAUCCGCGUGCCUCUCCAUUGCUGCGACAGUCCUUCAGCCAUCUUCCGCCUGCGUUGUGUAUCGUGACAGGAAGUGACGUCUUGGUGGACGAAAACAUGGAAUAUGUACAGAAAUUAAAGGACGCAGGCGUGGAGACGGAGCUGGUCGUAAUGAAGGGCGUGGUCCAUUCAUAUUUCGUUCUACCAGCAUUCUUCAGGGAGAACAUUGCUUUUUCGUAUGCCAAAGUUGCAGACUUCAUCAAGAAACAUUCCACUUAGAGCAAUCCACAGCCUUAUUUACGUCCGUAGCAAUGAGUGCCAAAUGAGACAAGAUGUCAGAUAAGGCAUCGCCCGAGGUGUCCAUAAUGACGUCAAGCUCUGACACUCCCGAAUACUCAGUAAGACAUGCGUCCCGCGGGUUAACACAUUAGUACUUGUGAUUUAUGCGACGGUCAAAAUAUGCUCAGGAUUUAAGUAUUACAGGGGCGGAUCCAGAGAUAUUCCCUGACAAUACUCAUACAUGUAAUUGUCUUUCUUGAUCCAUUCUCCAUUUUAACCAUCUGAUAAUAAAUUGGAUGCCUGUCAAUGUAAACAUAAACAUUCUGACCGUUCGCUUCGUUUUAGAAUGAACAUAAAUGAAAUUCAUAAACGUUUACCAGUUUACUUUUAAUAUUAUCCAAAUCCAUCAGUAAUGAUAAGUAAAACCUACCAGUGAGAUUACAAUAAGCGUGCGAGCAUUUUUAUUUUCAUGCUUUUUUCAUUGCGCUUUACAACUAAUUGACCUAGACAAGAAUAUGAAACUGGACUAAAAAGCAUUACCUCAACUUUGCGUUCUUAUUUACAUUCGUAUAAUGCUGAAAUAAUUGUAAACCUAGGCAAUACGAAGCCUUGAGCCGAUUCAAUAUGAAUUCACAUAUACGCAAAACAUGAAUAAAUAUAAU